UAAUCCUAAUACAUUCUAAAAUCUGUGAACUAUUGCCUUAAAAAGGGGAGCAGGAACAAGAACUAAGAUCAAUAGAAUGACUACUAUCAGCUAAAUUUAAUAUUUAGUAAGUACCUACCUUGGGCUGGCACAAAACGGGCACAGACAAUAAUGAGUUAAAGACAGGGUCAACUAGUGUGCUAGGUACCUCCCUUAGACAAUAGCCAUAAUGUAAAGCAAUAGGCCUAUCCUGCUAGUCUUUUCAUAGAACAUAUCUUUUAACUCUUACACCAGCCAGGAAAGGCAGGCAUUGCUGUGUUCAUCUUUACCUAUGGAGACGUUGCCGGAGAUAGUACUGCUAAUAAACCAAGAUGGAACCUCAGAACUUCUAGGUCCAUUGUGUUUUUCUAGAGGUAAAUUCAGAGGAAUUUCCACAUCCACUCCGUUCAGGAGACUUGUUUCAGUUCCUAGGACAGCAGGUGAGUUUGUUAGGAUGGUGAUGAACGAAUCUCAUUCUGAGUUCUUGGCGGUCUCCCAGGGAGCUUUGACAGCGUUGGAACUUCACUUCCCAGCAAUGCUUACAGCCGCUGAUCACACGAUACUUGAGAGACACUCUCCCAUCCUUGGAGCCGAACCGCCAGGCUGAGGCGGGCCUCGUCCCAACUGACGUAAGGCCGCGCGGCAUGCUGGGACUUGUAGUCUUCCUGGGACCUGGACGCCCCCUCGGAUGAACAGGGCCGGGGCUGACUGCGAACUACAACUCCUCGUCUGGCAGUGUCAGUAGCGACUGCAGAGGAAGGGGGUUCCGCGGUGGCCAUGUGUGAUCCCGGCUUCCUGGGGUAGCCGUACAGACGGGCGCUUCCUCUGCGCGCUCGCUCCCCUUGCCCCGCACCGGCCAUGCGCCCGGCCUUCGCGGUGGGCCUGGUGUUCGCAGGCUGCUGCAGUAACGUGAUCUUCCUAGAGCUGCUGGUCCGGAAGCAUCCAGGAUGUGGGAACAUUGUGACAUUUGCACAAUUUUUAUUUAUUGCUGUGGAAGGUUUCCUUUUUGAAGCUGAUUUGGGAAGAAAGCCGCCAGCUAUCCCAAUAAGGUACUAUGCCAUAAUGGUGACUAUGUUCUUCACUGUCAGUGUGGUGAACAACUAUGCCCUGAAUCUCAACAUUGCCAUGCCCCUGCAUAUGAUAUUCAGAUCUGGUUCUCUAAUUGCCAACAUGAUUCUAGGAAUUAUCAUUUUGAAGAAAAGAUACAGUAUAUUCAAAUAUACCUCUAUUGCCCUGGUGUCUGCAGGGAUAUUUAUUUGCACUUUCAUGUCAGCAAAGCAGGUGACUCCACACUCCAGCUUGAGAGAGAAUGAUGGAUUCCAGGCAUUUGCAUGGUGGUUACUAGGUAUUGGGGCACUGACCUUUGCUCUGUUGAUGUCAGCACGGAUGGGUAUAUUCCAAGAGACACUUUACAAACAAUUUGGGAAACACUCCAAAGAGGCUUUAUUUUAUAAUCAUGCCCUUCCACUUCCUGGUUUCAUCAUCUUGGCCUCUGAUAUUUAUGACCAUGCAGUUCUGUUCAAUAAAUCCGAAUUAUAUCAAGUUCCAGUCCUCGGCGUGACAAUGCCCCUCAUGUGGUUCUACCUCCUCGUGAAUGUCAUCACUCAAUAUGUGUGCAUCCGGGGUGUGUUCAUCCUCACAACAGAAUGUGCUUCCCUCACUGUCACACUCGUUGUGACUCUACGCAAGUUUGUGAGCCUCAUCUUUUCCAUCUUGUACUUCCAGAACCCUUUUACUCUGUGGCACUGGCUGGGCACCUCAUUUGUCUUCAUUGGGACCUUAAUGUACACAGAAGUAUGGAACAACCUAGGGACUACAAAAAGUCAGUUGCAAAAGGAUGAUAAGAAGAACUGAGUUCUGCCUGGGAUAGACAGGCCAGUGUUGUAUGAGGGAGUCCUCUGGUGAAAGUCUGGCCACCAUUUCACUUUGGUUAAUGCCGAAGUACCCCCAGUAUUGAACCAAACACGAUCCAGAGAAUCUCAGAAGGAGGGGACAUCUCCAGUUUUUCACGGCCAUUUGAACAACAUUUGUAGACUCCAAAUAGACAUCUCUCAACCCUGAAGUAGAAAAAAAAAUAAUACUUCUAUAGCAUUGAGCAACCUGUUCGUUUGCUUUUCUGUUUUGUUUUCCAGAAGAUUCAGAACUAUACUUGUUUGCUGAGUUCUGAGUUCCCAGAGCUACUAAUUUUAUAUUUGUGGUGUCAGAAAAGGUAAUGCCUUUGUUACUGUUCUGAUGAUUUUCUGCUGCCAUAGUCAUGACCAUCCUGUGGCCAUGUCCUGCUUUCUUCCUGUCACUCUCUACUCCUCAACAGCACUUUGUAGACCAUCAAAUGCUCCAGGCACCAUCAGCCAUUGAACAACCAUUUGGCUGAGUGAAUUGAGACCCUGGGAACAUUGGGACUGGAUUUUUUUCUAGCAUGUUGGGAAAGAAGCAUUUGUCCCGUUGAGCUAAGCCUUGGGGAUAGCAGACCAAACUGGUGAACCCGUCCUUUCCCACAUUUGCUUUUUUUCCCUAUGCAAAAGUGAGAUGCCUUCCCCAUCUCUUGCUUUCUAUCUUAGACCAAUCCUGCAGCAUCUCAUGGUAAAACAUGGUUGGGAAGAAGGAGUCUUUCCCUUCAGUCUUGCACAUGAAGCCCAUUAACCUGUCACUGAAAUGGGGAUAGCAGCCCGGUCUAGUACACAUAGCCCUGCUCAUCACUCUAAGAGCCACAGCUGUCCCUGUAGGCCCAGCCACAUACUCAAAGGGCAGGUCCUGAAUGCAAGGUGAGUGAAAUGUUCCUAACUAGAUCAGCUCUUCUUGGCAGCUCUGAGAGUCAGGUGAUGAAUAGACUAAGAUAUAUAGUAUGUGUGAUGUACAAAUCAAGUCAAAUCCCAACUACAGUUGAAAGUUACUCUCAUUUUCUCCUAUGAAGUAACUUUAUGUUCUUGAUAUGCAAUGAGGGGAAGGUUGUAUGUGCUUUGUUACAUGUAGAAACAUGCCUCUCUUUUGCUAACCACUUCAAAGGUCUGGGUUCUAUUACCAUGGGAUGUUGAGAAAAAGAAAACUGUCACUACAGCACAUGGAGAUGUGUGUGCUGUCAUGUAAUUUGUGUGCAAUCAAGCAGCAUGGAAGCUGGUGUUCUCUUAUUCCCUCCUCUUCACUUAGUCCCAAACCCUCA